AUGUGCUUCCACUUCAUCUCCUGGAACGCCUGCCCCGUGUGCUCCACCACGUUCAACAAGCGACGCAAUCUCGUCCCCUGCUGGAACGGCGACAUUGCCUCGCCCCUCUCCUCGUCCUCGUCCUCGUCCUCGUCCUCAUCGUCCUCGUCGUCGUCCACCACCCUGCGCCGCCCCAAGGCCGCCCUCCACGUCCUGCGCCACCACGGCCUCCGCUGCCGCAGCGGCCACUACGCCGAGUCCGAGUCCGAGACGUACACCGACCGGCCCUGCGGGGCGUGCGCCGCCCGCAUCGCGUGGAACAACACCCGCGACAUCGGAAGGGCGCGCCGCGAGCAACAGCAGCAGAUCCAGAACAACCACCAGCAGAUCCAGAACAACCACCAGCAGGACCACCAGCAAGGACGAGAACGGGGACCGCAGCAGGAGCAGCAGGAGGAGCGGGUCGUAGAGCUGGCCUCAUAUGGUGGCGGGCUCGGCGCCGGCACAGACAGGAUGCCGCUCGGCCACGUCGAACUGCGACUGGCGCACGUCGACUAUGUCGUACCGCAGGUCAAGGCCGAGUAUGGCGUAUCGCGGGGGCGGCGCGGCGGCAGGCGGGAGGUUGCCGGCCGUGGUUGA